AUGGACAUCUCUCCGCCUGCAUUCAUUGCCAGUCUCGGCCUAGAACUUCUGGCCUGCUUGGACAGUCCGGUAGCCGCCAUCGACGGCAACUUCACUACAAUGGCACAGAAUAUAUACAGCAAGUUUCCCAGCGGUAAAAGGAAAGCCAACGACUCCAAGAAUGAAGAUGCACCGCCAUCAAUGAGACGCUGA